AGCCUUCGUCCCGCGUGCCCAGCCAGCCAGCGUUUGUUACUAUGGACACCCGCAGGAGGCCGCACGACUUUCGGAGCCGACGGGCAGCCCUCCGGAUUGGACCAGCGCGACCUCGAUCGGGUGCGCGAAGUGAUGGCCCAGGCGCUAGCCCCGUCAACCGCAGAGACCUACGGCGCGGGGCUAGUCGCAUUUCAUGCGUUCUGCGACGAGCGCCGAAUAGCAGAGGAGCAGCGGACGCCCGCAUCGGCGACACUAAUGCUCGCUUUUAGCGCCGCGCUGGCCGGCCUGUACGCGGGGUCGACGGUUGCGAACUACUUCUACGGCGUCCGAGCAUGGCAUCUCAUCCACGGCGUCGUCUGGGACAUGGACGACGCAGCCAUGCAGUCCAUGCUGAAGGCGACAGUCAAGCUAACUCCCGCGGCCUCGAAGCGCAAGAAGCGAGAGCCGUACACCGAGGAUCUUAUUCGCGCAAUAAGGCAGCAGCUUGCCGUGGACCAGGGCCUCGACGCCGCAGUAUACGCCUGCCUAACAAUGGCGUUCUACGCCUGCGCGCGUGUAGGCGAGCUCACCGUGCGUAACCGCAGCAGCUUCGAACCCGGCACACAUGCCAAGCGCGCUGACCUCGGGCUCGCCGAGGAUCGGAAUGGACUGCAGCAACAGACCCUACAGCUGCCGCGGACCAAGUGCGCCGUCGGCGGGGAGCAAAUCCAUUGGGGACAGCAGGACGGGAUCACAGACCCCGUCGCCGCCCUCGCAAAUCACCUCCGCGUCAACAGCCUGGGCGACAACGAGCACAUCUUCGCAUACAGGGCGCGGAACGGGCAAGUAUGGCCGCUCACGCGCAAGGCCUUUCUGGACCGCAUCCGGGCCGCCACCAGAGCAGCCGGCAGAGCUCCGCUCCAGGGGCACGGCAUCCGAAUCGGUGGGACUCUCGAAUACCUGUUGAGAGGCGUCCCAUUCGAGGUCGUCAAGACCAAGGGGCGCUGGGGAAGCGAAGCCUUCCUAGGGUAUCUCAGGAAGCACGCGGAGAUCCUCGCCCCCUACAUGCAGGCACGGCCGCAGCUGCAAGCUGAGUUUAUC